AUGGUCAAGUAUGAAAACACCAGUCCUGGCACCACUAAGAAGAAAGAUCAAGAAGAACAAGUGCCUCAACUGACGAUGCAAGGCGGCAUUCCCACUGAUACUUCAGAGGUGAGCAGCACCAGCGCCCCGGGCCUGAGUGGUCCACUACCAGCUGGUGGACCCCUGGGUACUACACCAGCUGCAACACUCAUGCUGCCGCCACUACACCAGCUGAGGAAGAAGGGAACUGAAGAAAUACUUAACAUGAUCCUCCCACCCAGGGAGUGGGAGGAGAACGGUCAGCUGUGGGUACAAUCAGUGUCAACAACACCAGCCACCUCAGUGGACGUGCAGCAGCUGCAGGAGCACCUCGACCUCCGCCUACAGGAGCAAGCAGCUUUUGAGACUGGUAUCUGUCCUGUGCGACGUCAACUUUACACUCAGUGUUUUGAUGAGUUGAUCCGACAGGUGACAAUCAACUGCGCUGAGCGUGGACUGCUGUUGUACAGAGUGAGAGACGAGAUCAGAGAGACACUAGAUGCCUACCAGAGACUCUAUACCUCCUCCUGUGCUUAUGGCGUCAGAAAGGCGCUCAUGGCAGAAGAGCACAAAGUGAAGGUGGGUGCCCGCUGUGAGGAGCUGCGCGCGCAGGUGAGUCAGAUGGAGGCCAGGACCCACACACUUCGUCAGGAGAUUGACCAACUACAGAAGGAGGCGCAGGAGGCCAGGCAGGCUGAAUCUGAUAAACAUGAAGAGACCAAGACGAUACACCAAGCCAGGAUAGAGAUACUCAAGGUAAACUGAUGUUCUCUCUCCACCAAGCCAGGAUAGAGAUACUCAAGGUAAACUGAUGUUCUCUCUCCACCAAGCCAGGAUAGAGAUACUCAAGGUAAACUGAUGUUCUCUCUCCACCAAGCCAGGAUAGAGA